AUGUUUGCAAAAGCAACAAAGAAUUUUGUGAGAGAAACUGACAGUGGAGGUGACCUGAUCCCUGUCUCCCAUUUGAGUGCUUCAGACAAGCUUCAGCUUCUGGGCUUAGUUACAAAGAGGAAGAGAUUCUGGUGCUGGCAGAAGCCCAAGUAUCAUUUCUUGGCAGUCACCCUGAGUGAUGUGCUUACUGAAGACAAACCGAUAAAACCAGUCAUUGUGGAGUCCGACUUUGCGAAAUACGUGGGGAGGUUUGAAGAUUUUGUUCAAGGAAGUAUUGAAGCUUCAUUUGGGAAGAUCAGCCUAGGAGCUGGAGGGAAGGGCUAUGUGGAAAACCAGUCCUCAUUUGGAAACCUGAGGAAGCAGGAGAUUGACUUGCAGCAGCUUAUGAAAGAUGUCAAGGACAGAACAAUAAAUCUAAGCAGUAGUUUACUGCAACAAGUAAUAGAAAGGAAACGUGAAGUCCUGUGCAUCUUGAGAGAAAAGAUAAUAACAACUCAGAAGUGUACCAUCUCUGAACAUAUCCAGACAGAAGAAAAAAUCAGCGGUGUUGUGGGAUGCACGACAAAAACAGUAAAGGUUUCAGUGAGUGAAGAUGGAAGUGUGAUGAAGGAUUCUAGUGUGAUCCUUGAAAUUCCUCCUGCAACCACUAUUGCCUAUGGAGUAAUUGAUCUGUUUAUAAAGCACAGUGGCCAGUUUGAAUUCUGUCUGCUAGAUGAACAGCAAGGAGGUUUUGAAAGAGAAGGCACAGAAGGCUCAACUUACCCCCAUUCAGCACUAUUCAAAGAUGCUUCAUUCCUCUAUCAGCCAGAUGCUGUUGAUAAUGAGGUGUACUCUGGGGCUAAAAACCUCAUUCCCAGUGAUGCUUCUCUAAGUGUGUUGAGACAAGAUUUGUUACGGUUGAAGACUCAGUUCCAGCCCUUUGUGAAGCUGCCGGAAGACAAGCAAAGAGCGUUAUAUAAAACCCUUUGUGAACUCUUGCUCCAUGAAGAAAUGGUAACUGCCCUUGAGGACAUGUUGGACAAUAUCUGCACUGGAGGCAAGCCAGAUCUGAAAGAGUUAAAGACUGCACAACAAGGAGACCUCCUUGACUUCUUGCAGCUCUUAGGGUGCAGCUUACAGAGUGAGCUGCUGUUGGAAAAAUAUCAGCCUCAGGAUGAAGAACUCUUCUCAGCUGCUCACCUCCUCAUCAGUGCUAUCUCUGAGCUGUCUGAUUACACUCUUGUCCUGCUGCGAGCCUGCUGUGAUCUUCAAGUUGUUCCGGCAUUGUGUUGUUUGCCCAACGUUGCUUCAGCCGAUGGCUCUGUGGCAUUGAGCAGUCCUCCGGUGGCUACUCUCACCGACAGAGGAAGAUUUGAUGUCGUGCAGAGGCUGUUUGCUUCAUCAAACAUUAACUUGGAAAUGACAGAGUCUUCUGUGAAAGCUGUAACUAUGAAAGAACCUAGAUUCAUCCCUCUUGUUCUUUAUGUUGCAUUGUAUGGAUUUUAUGCUUUAGGUGGAAGUGUGUAG